CCCACCUUACAUUCUUUCAAACCAGCACAGGCUAUUACUAUCCUCUAUAUUCGCCUCUAUUUUCUUGCCGUGCUUUGCGCUUUAUUGUUUCCAUAGCACCCACAGCCGGAGGUGCUAGCCAUUGCCGCACUGCAACGGUUGUAUCCCGAAUUCGACGGCUGCCGAAGCUCAAACCUGAGGUAAAACAAAGGGCAUCUCUACCGCGUAUAUCUUGUCAAUAUGUCGGCAUCUUCGGUUCCCGGCUCUCCUCUUCCCGACACUCAGCACAUACCGGAACAGCUGCAUAUUCCGAAUCAGGCCGACCUCUCCUUGUCAGAGCUCACAUUGGAGGGCGAAGAAGGAGAGCACUCCGUGACUUCAACACUUACGCAGGACCAGCGACCUAUAAUUGGUCUUAGCGCCGAUCAAGAGCCGUCUUCUGCACAAUAUCUUUCCCCAGAUAUCGAAGCUGCGCAACAGGCCGCCAGUCAGAACGGAGGUCUCAGUCCGACGUCGCCUCGUCCUUCACCGUCCGCCGCGCUGCUACUAUCGCCACCAAAGUCCCCUAUGGCUCUUCCGACGAGAACUGUCGCCAUUCUCAAGAACCAUGCGCUCGACCACAGAUUCGAUAUCGAGGCUCGUAUCACAGAGGCUCAAUUCGAGAUCGUCAAGGAACGUCAGAUGGAGUUUGACGUUGAGACGGAUCCCGAUACUCUCUUUGAGCUGUUUGGUGACGACGCCGCGUCGUUCGCUGAGGGUCCUGUCUGGGUUUAUGUUCUCGAGCGUCGCCGGGCUAUUGAAGUAUGGCACACUAUUAUGGGCGACCCCAACCCGUCCGUCGCCAGAAAGUUAUCUCCUCACUCCCUUCGCGCGCUUUACGGUCUAUCCCCCGAGCAAAACGCCGUGAUGGGCUCUCCAGAUGCUGCCACCGCAGAGAUACAAAUCGCAUCCCUGUUUGCCUCUUCGCCACCCUUCCCCGCCACCGAGGACUUCUCAGGCGACAUUACAGAUCCCACCUUACUGGACCUCAAUGGGGGCUCAAUGCGUAGUAUCACGAGCAGCGUGGCUAGCGCCCUUCGUCGAGAUUCUACAUCUAGGUCCGGGGCCAGUGCCACACCUCCUGGCGUCGUGCGUACAAGCAGCGGAGGUUUCAAAGCUCGUGUUAUUCCCAACACACACGACAAACCUAGUAUUGCACCCCGUUCGAGUCGCGCAGCGGAUUUACGAGCCGGUAUCAUUACUGAAUCUAGUGACCGUAAAGUGCGCGUCGCACCCACGAAGGAAGCCCUCAAGCAGAUGUUUAUGGAUGUUCCGGGCCACAAACGAUCUGGAUCUAUCGCCGUGGCCUCUACUGCACCUCCCGCUCUAGUGCCCCGCAUGACUCGUGCUGCAGCCCUCCGGCUGGGCCAGACACCCGUGGAGUCACCAAGUAAGGCGAGGAGACAAUCACUGGAUAUGGUUGCGAAUAAGGAGAAGGCGGACCUCAAGGCUAUGUUUGAAGGCGUGCCUGGGCAUAAGAGGAGGGAAAGCAUCGCGGUGGCCAGCACGAAAGCCCCGACGAUGGCCCCACGCUUGAACAAGAGUGCGGCGUUACGGGCGCAGAAGGAUGCAGAACGCGCCCCCCCUUCCUCGUUUAUGUUCCGCGAACAUUCCUCUCGUUCUUUGUCCCGGUCAACGUCACAGAACGAUCUUGGCGCAUCCACCUCUCGCCCUGCGUCCUCCCAGUCCCAAGUGCGCUCCACUCCCCCCGCGUCUUCUGUAUCUACCCCUCCAGCGGUCCGUCGUGCCCCUUCGCGAACUUCUACGUCCACGCCGGCCGCAUCGUUAUCCCAGUCAAAGAAUCGUCCUCCGACUUCCAGAACGUCUACUCAACCUCGCGUCUCCGCGGCUUCCACACCUACGUCGGAAAAGUCGGAAAAAUCGCCCGCUGUCAACGGCUCGAAUGGCGCUGCUGCUUCGCCAUCGCCAGCCAAGCCCAGACCCAGACCAUCGAGCUUGCAGGCUCCAACGAUGGCACCAAGGCAGAACAAGAGUGCGAUGUUGAGAGCCGCGAAGAUGGCUGCUCAGCAGAAUGGAGGAAAGCCCGUGAAGGUCUAAGUCGAUGGCCUGUGCCUGCAAACGCCGCUCGUAGACGUCAUAUAUUUUUCUCUUUUUGCGCAGGCGCGUUUUUAUCAAUCUUUCGCGGACUGCAUAUAAACGUACGUCACUGUCUGUUGUUCCUUUAUGAUUUACCUGUCAAAUCUCUCGAUUUCUAUCACAUAUGCAUCACAUCUGGGUUUUUUGGUGGCUUGAUUGCUUGGUAGCCUUGCGUACACUUGUACAUCAUGGCAUGAUACAUAGUUGCUCUAGCGCAUAUCUAUCUUUGCUUCUCGUAUGCUCCAUCUUCUUCCUUUGUCUUUAGCCCUUUGUUUGUGCUAUCCGUCUCUUGUGUCUCUUACACGGUUGAUAUACCCUGUAUAUCAUUCUAUCCUUGCCAUUCGUACUCUUAUGCUGUUUCUUGUCACAAGUCUGAGCAUAUACUAGCUGCUUCGCGACAUCUUUUCUUAUCCCGAACAUCGCUAUCUGUGAUCAGAAUUACCGGUCGUCUAGCUGUAUUGCCUUGGCUGGUCGCACUUCCUGUCUUAUUACUCCGUUGAAGUUACUCCCACUCCCACUUACACGCCUGACCCAGACUACUUACUGCUAUAAGCACAAUCUAUGUCAAUCGUAUCCUCC